AUGCCACGAAGCCGUAGCCGCAGUGGGUCCCUGGACAGCUUGGGCCGUCGUCGCCGCCGUGAUACUUCAUCCUAUAGCCGAAGACGUCGUCGAUCUGUUUCUGUAUCACGCUCUCGUUCCCAUUCGGCGUCUCGUAGACGUCGCAGAGAUCAUCGUAGUCGUAGUAGAAGCCGCAGCGUCGAUCGGCGCCGUCGUCGUCGUCGAUCCUACAGUCGUAGUCGCUCGCCGGUGAUUCAAUCCCAUCGACGUCGUUCUACUUCUCGCUCUACGUCGCGUAGAGCAAAUGAAACGAAAAGGGUUGGGGAACCAAAGGUAGAGCCAAAGGUAAAGCCAAAUGCCAUGUCACAUUUGAGUGAGGAAGAGCAGAUGAGGCUAUUGUUGGGGUUCGGAGACUUUGACUCUACGAAGGGAAAAGCUGUAGAGGAGAAUCGUAAGGGCGCGGCUGUUGGUACAGCGCGACGAGACACCAAGCGAGAGUACCGCCAAUACAUGAACCGUCGUGGUGGCUUUAAUCGCCCUUUAGACAAGGCAUGA